CACCCCAAACUGACGCCCACCGGCACAUGAUCCGCCCGCCUCCGCCUCGCCUCCUCCCCCUCCACCGCGCCCCCUUCCUCCUCCCAACCCCGCAACAGCCUCGCGCCCGCCCGCUCCCCGCCCGCCGAGCCCCGGCCCCGAUUCUCCGUAGCUUCGCGUCUCGCCGCCUCGCGCCGCUCUGCCUUCUGAUGGAUCCGGCCACGCCCGCCUCCGAUGCCGACGUCUACGCCGAGGCCAACGGGGAGGCCGGCGCGGACGACUCGGAGUUCGCGGACGCCCAGGCGGGAGCGGGGGGAGAGGACGCGGGCGCCGACGGGCCCAGGGAACUGCCCGAGGAGCUCGCCAGGGGGGUGGUGUGCCUCGAGUGCUACACUUCGCCCGAGGCGGUGGCGGCCGGAGAAGGCGAGACCUGCCGCGUCUACGUCGUCGGCACCGCCCAUGUCUCGCAGGAGUCAUGUGAUCAAGUCAAAGCCGUCAUCAACUUUCUGAAACCUCAGGCCGUGUUCUUGGAAUUGUGUUCCAGCAGGGUUACUAUUCUGACACCACAAAACCUUCAGGUUCCUACCAUGAACGAAAUGAUUGACAUGUGGAAGAAGAAAAAGAUGAACACCUUUGGGAUUCUCUAUAGCUGGUUUCUUGCAAAGGUUGCUAGCCAGCUUGAUGUGUUACCUGGAGCCGAAUUUCGAGUGGCAUUUGAGGAAGCAAUGACUUAUGGUGGAAAAGUUAUCCUUGGAGAUCGCCCUGUCCAGAUCACUCUGAGGAGAACUUGGGGGAAAAUGUCAUUGUGGCACAGGGCUAAAUUUCUGUACUACAUUGUCUUCCAGUCCUUAUUUUUACCGAGCCCUGAAGAUCUUAAUAAAAUGUUAAAGGACAUGGAUGACGUUGACAUGCUAACACUUGUCAUUCAAGAGAUGAGUAAGGCGUUUCCUAGUCUGAUGGAGACACUUUUGCAUGAACGCGACAUGUACAUGUCUUCCAAAUUAUUGAAGGUAGCAAGGGAACAUUCUUCGGUGGUGGCAGUUGUGGGAAAAGGGCAUGUCUCUGGGAUAAAGAAAAACUGGCAACAACCAAUCGAGGUACAAAGUUUAAUGGAAUUACCUGUGACUAGGAAAGGUCCUUCAAAGUUGAAAAUUUUGGCAUCCAUUGGAGCAGUAAGCGCAGUAGUAGCAUCUGGGAUCUAUAUAUGGGGUAAAAAAUAACAAUAUUUGUUGACCCAAAUGUGGUAGACCAAACAGGUGGUUGGUCAAACAACGAGAUGUACUGUAAGAGAUACUUAGCUCGAUGCAGGACUCGUCAUGAGACGACGACCAUCUACAGCACAGUAUUAGUACGUGGACUAUUCGUACAACCCAGUUACAAGUGAUAAUAAAAGGCUCGUGAAACUGCCUUGCAUA